AUGGCAUAAUAAGAAAUUUAAAGAAAAGCUAAAGCCUAUUUAGAUAAACACUAAAUUGAAGAAAUAUUAGGAGAUUUGGUAACCACAUUAUCUUAUCAUCAAAUGAAAAAUCCAAUUAUAUAUAUUGUACAUCAUUAUAUUAAUUAAAUUUUAGAUUAAAUAUUUAUGCACAGUUCAUUGUACUCCUAAAGAAUUAUAAGAAGCAGGAAUAUAAAUUGAUAGCAGAGAAAAAGUAGAAUAACCAAUCCUUUGUUUACCAUUUCCAAAUCUAUCUCAACAUUAAGGUUCAAUCAAAAAAUUAACAAAAGAGUAAUUUUAUGCUUGCAAAAAUAAAAUUACAGAUUAAGGAAAUAAUUUUAGAUCUAUAUGCAAACUUAUUUAAGAUAAUCCAAAAUCUAAACCUGGACUUUUUGCUGUUGAUCCAAGUUCAUAUCUAAUAUAUAGUGACCUUUUUGAUCCUAUUGUUAAAGAAAAAGGUUAUCUAGGUACACCUAUUAAAGAUAUGUCUUAUACUCUAACAUCCUCUAUAUUAGAAGAUGUUAAACCAUUUUUAGAAGAAUCUAUUUUUGUUCUUAGAAGAAAUAUUCCAAAAUAGAGAUUUGGUUCCACUAUUUAAAAUAGAUAAGCUUUAACUAAAGAAUUACUCUAAGUUCUAUCAAAAUAAACAAUUAUUAAUUAUUCCUUACAUAAUGAUUUAUCAACUAUGGCCUAAGAAGAUGUUAGGAAAUUAUAAAUUAAUGAUAAAUUGUUUAAGAAAAAAGAUCCAAAUCAAGCUAUUAUAAAUCAAAUUUUUAAAGGUUUACGUCAUCCUGAUUGGCCAUCUGAUAGAAUGGUACUUUAAUCUAGUGAUAAAUAAAACAUAGUAUGGAUAAAUAGAGAAGAUCAUCUUAAAUUCAAGUUUCUUAAUACUGAAAAAUCAUCCAUUAUUGAUGCUAUGGAUACUUGUUGUAAAAUGAACUAAUAUUUAGACUCAAAAGAUUUAGUCAGUUUUGAUGAUAAAUUUGGUUAUCAUACAGUCAAACCAUAAUUUAGUGGUUUAGGACUUACAUUUACUUUGAAAUUCAAAUUAGAUCCAUAAUCAAUCAAUAAGAUUAAAUCAAAUAAUAAUAAUUUGAGUUCAAAAAUAUAAAACAAAGUAUUUAAUGUUUAAACUAAAGAAAAAGAUAAGUAUUUUACAAUCAAAUCAGAAAGAUGCACAGGAUUAACUAUGAAAUAAUAUAUUGAAUAAUUAUGUUAAAUUCUAACCAUACUAUUUGAAGGUGUAAUUAAAAAGUCUGAGAAUAUUACAAUUGAAAAGAUAUUUAAAAAUGAUAUAUAAAUCUAACAAUAAUAACAAUAAUAACAAUAAUAAUAAUAAUAAUAAUAACAAUAAUAAUAACAAUAAUAAUAACAAUUAUAAUAAUAAUAAUAAUAAUAAUAAUAAUAACAAUAAUAAUAAUAAUAACAAUUAUCAGCAUUACCAAAUGUAAAACAUAUUGAAGUAAACCAUUCAAAUUCUCCUUAAAAACCAGCUUCAUCACCUUCUCAUGUAGCUAUUGAUAUUAUUUAAAAUUAAUCAGAUGAAUAAGAUUAUGCUACCUUUCAUAAAAAAAGAUUAGAAGGAUAUAUGAAGAAAUAAAAAGAAAUGAACAAAACAAAAUUCAACAAAAUUUGUGAAUUAAAAGAAUUAGUAGGAUUGUUGAAAGAUGAUACUAUUUAUUUUUAAGAUUCUAAUAAUAAAUUUAUAAUAGUGAGAAGAAAUUUAAAAAUUAGAAGAAAAAAUAUUGAAGAGAUUAUUGGAUUGAAGAAUCAGUAAGUAUCAGAUUAAAUUUUAAAGGAAUGUAAUUUAAAUGGAAAUUGUGAAAAAGGCAUAUUUCAAUACAAAUAUAAAGGCUAUGAAUAUUAUGUAGCAAUAGAACUUGAUGAUGAUUUGACAUUUAUAUUUCCAAUAACAAAAAUAUCAAUAUCCUAAUAAUUAUAGAAAAUUCAAAGAAUAGUGGAUUCCUUUAUACCUAAAGACUAUUAAUAUGCUUGGGAUAAUUAAUAUGGAUAUUUAACAAAUAAUAACACUUAUUUAGGUAAUGGAAUUAGCAUAACUUGUGAUUUUCCUUAAUUUAUAUAAAAUGAUAUUCCAGGAAUUUUAAAAGAAUUGAUAUUAGAUGAUUCCAUAUAAAAUUCAAAUAAUUAAUUCUUAACUCUUACUUCUUUAGAUGAAUAUAAUCUUUAAAUUUAUAGAAAUGCUAUCAAUGAAAUAUUACUCAAGUAAAAAUUGUAUUAUAAAACUACAAAAAAAGCAGCAGACAACUAAAUAUGUGAGAGUGAUUGUUAUAUGAAUAAUUAAUUAUGGGCUCCAUCUAAAAAAUGUUUUGAAGACUUUGAUGACUUAUAUACACUAUAUCUUAAGAAUAUAGGUAAAAAUGAAUUUAUAACUAAGCAAUAGCAUAUUUUAGUGGAAAAAAUGCUAGUCCAUUUAAAAAUUAUGAUAAAAUAAAAACUGAAUCAUAUAAAAUUAACAUACCUUAAAAUCCUGCAAUUACUAAUAUUAAAUGUACAUUUUAUAGAAACUUUGAAUCUUUAAAAUACAAACAUGAGAUGUCUAUUUAAGAUAAAAUCAAAAUGAAAGUAUAAAUAAUAGAUAAAUUUCAAGACUAAAUAUAAUGAGUUAAUAAAAAAUAAUGGUUGGAAAUUCGGAAAAGCCCAUCAUUUGGAAAUUAUUUUUGAAAGUUAACCACAAGACUUCAUUCAUAACUUUUGCCAUCAUUGGAAUUCAUUAAUUGAAUAAGGUAAAGAAUUUUAAAAACAUUGUAAUAUGGGAUUUUAUGGACCAAAUCUGAAUGAAAGCUUAUUAGAAGGAUUUUAAUUAGAAAUAAAAACAAAUAAACCAAUAAACCCAGAAUUAAUUAAGAGUUAUAAUUAUAAGCCUUAAAAUCAGAAAAAUGGAUUCUUAAAUUAAGAAGAUACAAUAACCACAAUUAUUAGUAAUAGACCUUGUGUUUUAGAGUUCGAAUUAAAUUUGAUUUAAGAAUUAUUGUGA